GCUAGUACCCGCGCCUGGAAUCGGGUCGCAACCCCAGCCGCGCCUGCCGCCUGCCACUGCCUCUGGACCAUGGACCCCCGCAAAGUGAGCGAGCUUCGGGCUUUCGUGAAAAUGUGUAAGCAGGAUCCGAGCGUUCUGCACACCGAGGAAAUGCGUUUCCUGCGGGAGUGGGUGGAGAGCAUGGGGGGUAAAAUACCACCUGCCACUCAUAAAACUAAAUCAGAAGACAGUAUCAAGGAAGAAAAACCAGAUAGUAAGAAGGCGGAGGAAAACAUAAAGACAGAUGAACCAUCAAGUGAGGAGAGUGAUCUAGAAAUUGACAAUGAAGGUGUGAUUGAACCAGAUACCGAUGCCCCUCAAGAAAUGGGAGAUGAAAAUGCAGAGAUAACCGAGGAAAUGAUGGAUCAGGCAAAUGAUAAAAAAGUGGCUGCCAUUGAUGCCCUAAAUGAUGGUGAACUACAGAAAGCCAUUGACUUGUUCACAGAUGCCAUCAAACUAAAUCCUCGCUUGGCCAUUCUGUAUGCCAAGAGAGCCAGUGUCUUCAUCAAAUUACAGAAGCCAAAUGCUGCCAUUCGAGACUGUGACAGAGCUAUUGAAAUAAAUCCUGAUUCAGCUCAGCCUUAUAAGUGGCGCGGGAAAGCACAUAGACUUCUGGGCCCUUGGGAAGAAGCAGCACAUGAUCUUGCCCUUGCUUGCAAACUGGAUUAUGAUGAAGAUGCUAGUGCGAUGCUGAAAGAAGUUCAACCGAGGGCCCAAAAAAUUGCUGAACAUCGGAGAAAAUACGAGCGAAAACGUGAAGAGCGAGAGAUCAAAGAAAGAAUAGAAAGGGUUAAGAAGGCUCGGGAAGAACACGAGAGAGCCCAGAGGGAGGAAGAAGCCAGACGACAAUCAGGAGCUCAGUAUGGCUCUUUCCCAGGUGGCUUUCCUGGGGGAAUGCCCGGUAAUUUUCCUGGAGGAAUGCCUGGAAUGGCAGGGGGGAUGCCUGGAAUGGCAGGAAUGCCUGGGCUCAAUGAAAUUCUUAGUGAUCCGGAAGUUCUUGCAGCCAUGCAGGAUCCAGAAGUUAUGGUGGCCUUCCAGGAUGUGGCCCAGAACCCAGCGAAUAUGUCAAAAUAUCAGAGCAACCCAAAGGUUAUGAAUCUCAUCAGUAAAUUGUCAGCCAAAUUUGGAGGUCAAGCAUAAUGCCCUUCUGACAAAUAAAGCCCUUGCUGAAGGAAAAGCAA